AGAAAAUAGUUCGGCUUUGUUAUUUGUCUGAUGAUGAAAUUCUUAAUAUAUUUGAUGCAUAUAGUUGCUUUUCUAUAUAUUGUUGUAGCACAACAAACACAAGAAAACAAUACCAACAGUCAUAAUGGUGGAAGCAACAACAAUAACUCUGGAUCUUUUUUUCAAAGUAACGGAUCACUAACUGGAAACAACGGAUCAAAUUAUAGUUUGAUGAAUGGCUUUAAUGCGCGAUCAGUACCAUCCUAUUCACUCGGGGCUUUUGCCAAGGUGAAUUGGUUCACUGCACAGAGAAUUUGCAAAUAUAAUGGAUUAACAUUGGCAAGUAUUACAUCUGCAGCUGAAGCAAAAGAAAUAAGAAGUUUGAUUCGUGACAGUGAAAUAGUUAGUCCUAGUGAAUUAUUCUGGAUUGGAGCUACCAAAUAUCCUGAUAAUGGUGAUUACUGGUCAUGGUUUGGUACUGGUAAUCCAGCUACUUAUACCAAUUGGGCAACUGGUCAACCCAAUAGCCGUUCCGAUUACUGUCUUCAAGUUGGUUCAAGUGGCUGGGAUGACAAAAAUUGCAACAUCCAAGCUUACUUCAUAUGUCAACCGUCAACAUGUUGAAAUUAAAAAUAUUGAAAUAAUGUGUUUCAAAAUACAUCAAUAAAAUAAUUAAA